AUGUCUUCUCAGUGGGCGGAUACGCCAUAUUCUCUAAUUAGUACGGAUCCCUUCUCAAAAGAUUCUACCCACGCGGCAUACUAUGUUGCAACGCAGAUCGCACUUGCCCACAAUGGCAUUCUCCGAGGGUUGAACUCCAUCUACCUUCAAGCACCGCACAUGCCGCGCGAAGACCUGGACACGAUUCGAGACUUUCUGACAUAUUGCCAGUGCUGGUGUGAAUCCAUGCACCACCACCACGAUGCCGAAGAGGCGAUUUUCUUCCCCAGCAUAGAGCAAAUUACGGAUGUCCAAGAAGUCAUGGAGCGCAAUGUAGAGCAACACCGAGCUUUCACGCCAGGAUUUGAUCUGUUCCAGGAGUACGCUCGGACCUGUCUCCCACAAGACUAUAACGGACAGAAGAUUAGGAGCCUUAUCGAAGACUUUGCAGAGCCAUUGACUCAACAUUUGCAUGACGAGAUUGAAACUCUACGAGGUCUCGAUAUUUACGACAGCGGGCAUAUACGGCAAGCGUAUCAGCGGUUCGAAAAGAGCCUAAUGGCUACAGAUAAUUAUCGAAUCGGCCCCCUCGUGUUUGGAACCGCAGAUAGGAGCUUUAAAGGCGGCAUGCAUAACAUCCCUUCUGUGCCAAGCUUUGUUCCCUAUGUUAUUCACUACUGGUUUGCAAAACGACAUCGUGGCGCUUGGCGGUUCAAUCCGUGCACUAUGUGGAGGGAUCGCAGAGAACUGGCCUUUAGAGAAUAA